CCACAUUCGACUUCUCUGUGAGCUCUGCGGUAGACUUUCCUAUUUUUUCCUCUCUUCCGUCGCACUCUCUCCUCCCUCCUCCUCCUCCUCCUCCUCCUCCUCCUCCUCCCCCUCCUCCUCCCCUCCCUCUCCUCCUCCUGUUUCUCUCUCUCUCCCUCGUUGUCUCUGUCGUCAGGCACUUCAGAGCUGUCUGACAUGCGGCCAGGGGUCGGCCGAGGAGGCUUCCUCUUCAAAGCCCGGCUCUCUCUUUAAAAAAAAAAAAAAAAAAAAAAAAAAAAAAACGCAUUGCUCUCCCCGGGUUUCUUUUUUUUUUCUGUGUCUCUGUUCCUCCCUCGUUUUCUCCUUCUCUUUCUUUUCUCUUUUUUUCUCGUUCCUGUGCAGCCCGUGUACGUGCACCAGAAAAAGGCGUCGGUGAAGGGCGGUUUGGACUGGCAGAGGCGAAACAGCUCUUGGCUUUUAGGGUUUUUUUGCGUGUGUGUGUGUGUGUGUUUUUCGGGAGGCUCGUCCUGUUCCCCGUCUCCUGUUCAAGACUACUGCUGCUGUGGCAACGGGUGAGAGACGUUCAAGCAUCUGGUGGGGAAGGUGGUCCUGGGCUCCAUCACAGCUGUGGAGUUCUUCUCCGACCGCCGUCUCGACUUCCUGAGCGACGACGGAGCUUACCAGCCCUAUCAGGAUGAAGCAGACAGCUUGAGUCCUGUUCUCAGGGACAACCAGCAGCUUCAUGAAGAAGUGAAAGCCUGGGUGAAAGACCAAAAGGUUCAGGAAAUUUUUAUGCAAGGUCCCUACUCGUUAAAUGGCUACAGAGUGCGCGUUUAUAGGCAGGACUCGGCUACUCAGUGGUUUACAGGCAUCAUCACCCACCACGACCUCUUCAGUCGCACUAUGGUGGUGAUGAACGAUCAGGUACUAGAACCUCAGAAUGUGGACCCCUCUAUGGUACAGAUGACCUUUCUCGAUGACGUCGUCCACUCUUUGCUGAAAGGAGAGAACAUCGGCAUCACAUGCAGGCGCAGGUCUCGCUCUAGCCAGAACAGCAGUACAGCCCACCAGACGUCAGGAGGGAGACCCACCACCACCGCAGGAGGCACUCAGGGUCACUAUACAAGAGCCCAGGCUAACAGCCCUAGACCAGUAAUGAACUCGUCUAGCUCCACCCCCAAGCAGGCUGGCCAAUCCCAGCAGCAGCAGCUAUCCCAGCAGGCCCAGCAGCAGCAGCAGCCAACUCAUCAGCACCAGCAGCAGCAGCAGCAGCAGCAGCAACAACAACAACAACAACCGCAGUCGUCGCCGGGGCAACAGCGAGGCUCGCGCUCUUCGCGGCGCAAGGGCUCCGACAGCAGCGUCCCCGACGACGACAGCAGCAAGGUCAAAGAGGAGAAGCCCGACGUCACUACACGAGGAGACUUCACGUCCAAGAGCAAGAGCAAGCAGACGGCCAGCCGGAGGCGUAAGGUUGAGGAGGACGGGAAGAAAAGCAGCGCGCUGAAGCGUCUGAAGACCGAAACCUCGGACCAGUCGGAGAGCAGCGACUCGGAGAACUCGCAGAGGAGAGGCCGAGCCUCGGCCGACUCCUCCUCCUCUUCCUCCUCCUCGUCCUCUUCGUCCUCGGAGCCCAGCUCGGAGAACGAGCUGAGGGGGAAGGGCGUUAAAGAGGAGCUGCUGUCUCCGGCCGAACAGCGGUCCUCCAGGACUCAGGAGGAGGAUCGGGAUCGGGAGCAGCGGGAACGGGAACAUCGGGAGAGGGAGCGCGAGCGAGAGCAGGCUCUGAUCGGUCGCCUGUCGCCGUGGGACAGUCUCCGACCGGAGGAGAAGAGCAGCAAAGCGGCGGCGGUCGCCGUGGAGACCCUGCAGCUGGCCGAGGGCGAGCGGGAGCGGGAGCGACGGGACGAGAGGAGGUCGCCGCGGUCGCCACGGCCGCCGCAUCCCAGUGCUCCCACCCCCGUCACCACGGAAACACAAGGCGGCGGCGGCGGCGGCGGUGGCGGCAGCAGUGGCGGCUGCAUUGUGGACAUGAGGAGUGCGGUGAGGAGCCCGGCCAAGGAGCACUACAGCCUGACGGUUCCGACCCCUCCGCGCACGCAGACGGCCAAGCAGCCGGCACUGUGCGUCAUCGACAUCACGGAGGACGCCAGCACGCACCCCAGCUCGCGGGAGAGCUCGGAGGCCGUGUCGGCUUUGCUCGCGUCCCAGAAGGCCGAGCGGUACACACCCGAGCCCAGACACUUGGUGCUAACCCCCACGCCUCAGGACCUCAGGAAAGGGGAGAACGAGCAACAGCAGCAUCAACAGCAUCAACAGCAGCAUCAACAGCAGCAUCAGCAGCAGCAGCAGCAUCAGCAACAGCAGCAGCAUCAGCAACAGCAGCAGCAUCAGCAACAGCAACACCACCACCACCACCACCAUCACCCCCACCACCAUUUGCACCACAUGCACCAGCCACAAGUGGUACGUGGCCAGGGUGCAAAGCUGGAGUUCAGCCACCUAGAGGUCAUCCAGCCCUUGACCGCUAAGAGCGAGUCGGCAGCAGCGCUUGCCGAGCGGGAGAAGAUUCCGGCACAGCAGUACGCCGCCAUCGUGCCGUCGUGCAUCAAGAGCGCCGCCAUCGCCGAGGAGACGCGUCGGCCGCAGAGGCCGAGCCCCUCGCCGGACGCCACCAAGCCGCCUCCGCCACAGCCGCAGCCCCAGGGCCGCCUGCACGGCAACCCCAACAACCCCUCGCCAGAGCUCCACAAGCCCCUCCAUCACCACGCGCCGCACCACGCUAGCCUCUCCCUGGACGCGCUGCCGGCCAAGUCCAAGUCCCACGCCAUCGCCAUGCUGGAGUCGUCCAAGCCGCGGCCCAACACGUCUCCGGAGGUGUCCAAACACAAAGCGCAGAGACACCCGGACGCCCCGACCCACAACAGCUUCCCGCCCUCGCCCUCCUCCUCCGCUGCCCGCGGCGUCUGCAAGAGGGAGCCCUCGCCCUCCUCCUCCGCUGCCCGCGGCGUCUGCAAGAGGGAGCCCUCGCCCUCCUCCUCCGCUGCCCGCGGCGUCUGCAAGAGGGAGCCCUCGCCCUCCUCCUCCGCUGCCCGUGGCGUCUGCAAGAGGGAGCCCUCGCCCUCCCCGGCGCCUCUGCGCUCCAGCUUCAAGCCGGUGCAGGGCCGCUGCGAGCUCACCAAGAGCCCGCUGAUCAUCGACAAAAACGAGCACUUCACGGUCUACCGCGACCCGGCGUUGGUCCGGCCCGAAUCGGAGCCCUCGGCCGCCGCCGCCGCCGCCGCCAACCACGUAGCGUACCUGCACUCGCACCUGCACCAGCUCCACGGCUCGUCCCACGCCACCUGCCUCACGCCCGGCUCGCAUCACGCCUCCCACCUGCUCCCGCAGUCCUCCGUGAACCCGCACGCCCCUCCCCCUCCCCACGCUCCGCCCCCGCACCACUCCAUGCACCACCAGCACCUGCUGGCCGGCGUGCUGCCCUCCUCGAUGUUGGGGGGCCACUCGCGGGUGGACUCGGCGGGGCUCGGACAGCACCUGGCGUUGGCUGCGGCGGCCGCGCAUCACCACCCUCACCAGCAGCAGCAGUUCCUGCCGCCGCAGCACCAGGGACCCGGCGGGGCUCCCUACAACCUCUACCCCAUCAUCUGGCCGUACCCCAACGGCGGCCCCCAUUCCUACCCGCCAGGCCUCGGACUGCCCGUCAGCUCGGACAGCAGUCUGCGGAGGAACACGCCGAGCCCCUGGCUCCACCAGCACACCCCGGUGUCGUCGGCUGACGGCCUCGGUCUCCUGAGCCACGUCCCGGGCAGACCGGCCAGCGCCGACCCCCACCGCCCCAUCAGGAUCGGCUCCCACGCCAGCCCUCCACUCUGCAAAAGCGCAGGAGAGCACCACAAAGAGGAACUGGAGAAGAAGGCCUUUGCUGACCACAUGGGUAGCCUAGCAGCGGCCCACCUGAAACAGGAGCCAGAUCGCAGCCGCACGCCGACGGGAAAGGAGCUCCACCGUGGCUACCUGGACCCUCCGUCUAAAACGCCCCGUCUGGUUCCGCCGCCGGACGCUUCGGAACGCGCCAGCAAGUACAAGGAGGAGAACCGGCGCAUCCUGCAGGAGAGCCGCGAGGUGGCGCCCUUCACUGCCAAGCUCCGGCCCUCCGAGUCCGAGCGCGAGCCGUACCCCCGCAUGCCCCAACCCCUCCCCAGCUCCGCAGCGGCACCCCCUACAGGCGUCCCCAAAUCCCACGCCCCGUCAGCCCCCAUCGAGCGCGACUCGUCGGAGCAUCGCCAGCCCUCUGCUUCGGAGCUCUACAAGUUCAAGCCGCAGAGUAACUACUUCACCACUUUGUCCAACAGCGUGGUGAACGAGCCGCCUCGCCUCUAUCCCUCCAAAGAGCCGAACUCCCCUUGUCACUCGUUCUUUGACAAGGUCGUGGGACCCCCCACGUCCUCCCAGAGCCCCCUGUCCCUCGGGUACAGCAGCAGCGGCGUGACGGGGGCAGGGGGAAGCAACAGUGGGGGGGGCUCGAAGUCCCUCUCAAAGCCCCCGCCUCUUAUCAAGCACCAACCAGAAGGUGAGGGUCUGGUGGGCAAGAUCACGGAGCAGCUGUCUCAGCAGGCCGCCAUGCACCCCAUGAGCAGCCCUCAAGGCAGGGAGCCUCGUCGGAGCCCCGCGCUUUCGCCCCCUGGAGCCCCUCAGCUCCGCAUGCCGGCGUUGCACCGCGCGCCGAUUUUCAACCCCCCGACCCAGCAGACUCUCGACCGCAAGGAGGUGGCGAACUACGGGCGCCUCUCCCCACCCACGCUCACCCCCAUUCAGCCAGUCAGCGUGGCCGGCAAACUUCCGGAACAGCAGAAGCCGCCCACGCUGCUGCCCGAGCUGAGGGAGGUGAAGAGCGGGACGGAGCUGGCCGGGGCGGAGCCCUGGCGCGUCGGAGACGUCACUGGACACGAGAGAGGCGCGUGGCCCGGCGAGAGGAGCCGGACCAAGCCUCAGGGCGCCACUGCGUCUGUUAUCGUGCGGCCAUCCACCUGCAUCAAGUACGAUGGGGGCUCGUCUGGGAUUAAGGCCUUGGCCAGGGAGAAUGAAAUGGGGAAGCCGUUCAUGGGCAAGUCUCAGGCAGACGGGGUGAAGUCGGCUGAGACUAGGGACACUGGAAGAGUCAUUCUUCCCAACACCAACCUGGAGGACGCCUGCGCACAGUACAAGAAGAGCAUGAUGCGGACGACACAGUCUGCCGUUCCCAGCCCCGUGGUGGCGUUAGUCAACUCUGUGUGCAAUAGCCGAACUGAAGUGACCACUUCCACCUUUAGCGUCUUGAGCCGCGGUGGCUCAGACCUCUGUUUCCCCGCUAGCACGAAUGCUAACAUUAACGCUAAUGCUAACGCUAACACCAGCAGCAGGACUGAUAGCUCCACGCCCAAACUGUGGCCUCUUGCUGGGAGUGAGGUUCAGGAGGGUGGGGGCUCCAGGACCACUUCCCCCAACACGCUCCCCUCCUCCGGCACAGCGUCCCCAGCGCAGCAGGCGUACCCCGGGAACUUCAUCCACCUGAAGAAGCACAAGGCAGCGCUAGCCGCGGCGCAGUCGAGGGGUUUGGGGACCCCCGAAAAUGAGCGACCCCCGCUCGGCCCCUCGCCUGGCGCCCCGACACAGGAUGCCAGUGCGGCUGCAUCAGCAGCACAGCCACCCGUAAACAACGUGGCGGGCAAAGGUGCUCCCAUGCCCAACGGGCAAUCGACGCCACCCCCCAUUCAGCCGAACUACCACAAGCUGAAGAAGGCGUGGCUGACGCGGCAUUCGGAGGAGGACCGAAACACCAACCCGCCCGAGAAGCCUGGCAGCUCCUCGUCGGCGGCGUCCACCCCGACCUCCGAGAUCAUCAAGCCCUGCACUGUGAACUUGAUCGCGUCCACUUCCUCUGGGGAGAACGACUCUGGUAAGGAGGGCAAAGCCAGCUCCGAGGACGGCAACAGCCAAAAGUCCAGUCCUGAGGAUCGGCGGACGCGACGCGGCUCCAAGCGGGCCUACGAGUCGGGCUCGGAGAGCGGCGACGACUCGGACGCCAGCGAGGGAACCAAAAUGGAGCAGCGCGCCAAGCGGCAGCCCAAGCCCACCUACAAGAAGAAACAGAACGAUAUGCAGCGUCGCAAGGAGGACGACGACAACAAACCCAACGGAAUAUUCCGGAGCGCCCGGGAGAAGACCAAACUCAAGUUGGCCAGCAGCAACGGCAUUCCCCGCUCCGUGCUGAAGGACUGGCGUAAGGUGAAGAAGCUGAAGCAGACGGGCGAGUCGUUCCUGCAGGACGACUCGUGCUCGGAGAUCGGGCCCAACCUGCAGAAGUGCCGCGAGUGCCGCGUGGUGCGCAGCAAGAAGGGGGAGGAGCCGGCACACUCGCCUGUCUUCUGCCGCUUCUACUACUUCCGCCGGCUCUCGUACAGCAAGAACGGUGUGAUCCGCAUCGAUGGGUUCUCGUCCCCGGACCAGUACGACGAGGAAGCGUUGAGCCUGUGGGCUCCCGACAUGUACGAGGAGAACGAGCUGGACCUGGACACCUCCAAGUACAUCCUCAGCUACAUCGGGGACAAGUUCUGCCAGCUCGUUCUGACGGAGAACACGGCUGCCGGCUGGAUCAAAAAAGAUGCUAAGAUCGCGUGGAAGCGGGCGGUGCGUGGUGUGAGGGAGAUGUGUGACGCCUGCGAGGCCACGCUCUUCAACAUCCACUGGGUCUGCCAGAAGUGCGGCUUCGUCGUCUGCCUGGACUGCUACAAGGCUAAGGAGAGGAAGAGCUCCAAAGGUCAGUCACUAUAUGCCUGGCUGAAGUGUGUUAAGGGGCAACCUCACGACCACAAGCACCUGAUGCCAACACAGAUCAUCCCUGGAACGGUUCUGACAGAGCUGGUGAAUGCCAUGCACACCCUGAGGGAGAAGUAUGGUAUCCGUGCUCACUGUGUCUGCGCCGCUAGCAAGCAGACAGCCCUGUUGGGCAAGCUGCCCUCCACCAACGGAGUCUCCCAGGUGCUGCAGAACGUGCUCAACCACAGCAACAAGAUCUCGCUGUGUAAGCCCGAGGGCCCGCCCACAAACGCCACGCCCAAGCCGGAGACCAAUGGUGGCGGAGCAGGAACCCCGGCCAGCGACACGGGCAGCGACCCCAAACUCACCCCGCCAGAGUCCCAGUCCCCACUGCACUUCCUGGCCGACCUGGCCGAGCAGAAGUCCCGCGAGGAGAAGAAAGAGAAUAAGGAGUCUCUGAAGAGUGUGAAGGAGGAGGUGGGGGAGGCUGUGGAGGCGCUGCACUGCAAGGCCACGUCUCUGGCGUCGGCGGCCAGCGAGCCGGGCUCCACGCUGCGGGACCUGCUGACCACCACCGCCGGCAAGUUGCGUCUGGGCUCCACCGACGCCGGCAUCGCCUUCGCGCCCGUCUACUCCGCUGCCGCGCAGACGGGCAAGACCGGCCGCAGCAUGCCCAACCUCCUGGACGACAUCAUCGCCUCGGUGGUGGAGAACAAGAUCCCGGCGAGCCGCGGGGCCAAGAAGCAGGAGCCCGUCGCCGAGGAGACCAGGGGCCUCGAGCGCAAGCGGCCCCCGGCGAUCCCGGACGAGCCCCCGACGGCGCCCAAGCUGCACGCGGACGUCGCGCACUGCUGGCUCUACGGGCAGAGGAUGCUCUGGCUCAAGGACCACCGCAACUCCAGCAACUGGAAGCUGUUCCGCGAGUGCUGGAAGCAGGGCCAGCCUGUGCUGGUGUCAGGAGUUCAUAAGAAGCUGAACGCCAGCCUGUGGAAGGCCGAAUCCUUCAACCAGGAGUUUGCUGACCACCAAGGGGACCUGCUCAACUGUAAAGACAGCGUGGUCAUCUCUAACUCGGGCAUCAAAGAGUUCUGGGACGGCUUUGAGGACCUAACAAAACGGCCCAAGUGUAAGGACGGAGAGCCAAUGGUGUACCGGCUGAAGGACUGGCCGUCAGGAGAGGAGUUCAUGGCCCUCAUGCCAUCCAGGUAUGAUGACCUGAUGAAGAACCUGCCCCUCCCGGAGUACUCAGACCCUGAAGGGAAUCUCAACCUGGCGUCCCAUCUGCCUUCCUUUUUCGUGCGGCCAGACCUGGGGCCCCGACUGUGCUGUGCAUACGGAGUGGCCGCUUCCCAGGAGCAGGACUUCGGCACGGCCAACCUGCACAUGGAGGUGUCCGACAUCGUCAGCGUGCUGGUCUACGUGGGUGUCGCCAAGGGCAACGGCGUCCUCUCCAAAACAGGAGUUCUGAAGCGGCUGGAGGAGGAGGAUCUGGACGAGCAGGUGAAGCGGCGUCUGAAGGACUCGAGCGAGACGCCCGGGGCGCUGUGGCACAUCUACGCCAGCAAAGAUGUGGACAAGAUCAAAGAGUUCCUGCACAAGGUGGCUAAGGAGCAGGGUGCGGAGCUGGCUGUGGAGCAUGACCCGCUGCGUGAGCAAGGCUGGUAUCUGACGCGGAAGCUGCGGCAGCGGCUGCUGGAGGAACACGGGGUGCAGGGCUGGACCGUCGUGCAGUUCCUGGGGGACUGCGUCCUCAUCCCCGCCGGGGCCCUGCACCAGGUGCAGAACUUGCACAGCUGUGUCCAGGUCAUCAACGACUUUGUGUCGCCGGAGCACGUGGUGCACUCGUUCCGACUCACACAGGAACUGCGCGCCGCAAAAGAGGAAAUCAACUACGAAGAUAAGCUACAGGUCAAGAACAUCCUCUACCACUGUGUGAAGAACGCUGUGGGUACACUGAAAAGGUGCUGCGCCGAGGAGCAGGGGGAAGAGGAGGAGAACUCAUGACCCUUGCCCCCCACCUGCCCCCUAACGGUGCCCUGCAACACUUAAUUGCCCUCCCUUUCUCCCCCCACCUGCUGACUGCCCCCCCCCCCUAAAAAAUAUGCACACUAACUUAAAAAUCCUCGCAUCAUGACAAAAAAAAAAAACCUCCAGUGCCAAGCCAAGACUCUAAGUGGAAACGUGGAAGAAAAAAAUAAAAUAAAAAGAUGACGAUGGUAUUCACGUGUUACUGACACCAUAGCAGUAUAACAAGCUGAUGUUUCAGGAUUACUGUGAUCUCGAGGAGGAAGAGGAGGAGGAAGAGUGCAAAGGUGAAGAGGAAUCCCCCGAUCAUCCGCUAAAGCAACAGCACCGCUGUUCCGUUUCUGUUUUUUCGUUUUCUAAAAUUCUGAAAAGUGUUCGUUUUCGUCUUGUUUGUUUAAACGUAUGUUUGUGCGUCGUCUUUUUUUUUCUUCUUUUUCUUUUUUUCUCUGUAUAUUGUUUCAGUGGG